ACUUGGACCACGCCUCAAGCUCUCAACACAUACCCAUAGUACUGCUGAUCCAAAACCCUCAACAACUGCACAAGCACAAAUUCACAGAAGCCUCAUCAACAGCCUCAUCAAGAACAGUGACAGCCCCACAAUGGCAAUAACGACAGACACAAAACCAGACCGCAUCCCAGACGACAACCUCUCGCGGGCUCCCUCAACACCUCGCUCCUCUCUUUCAAGCAUAGACUCCGACGACAAACUCCCUCCACCCUACCACGAAGUCGCAGGAAAAGAGAACUCCGUCCCAGCCUACUCUCGCGACGAACAUGGGAAUGAGAUCAUUCGCUUCCCCAGUCGUUUCAAUCUUUAUCACAAAAAGCUCUCCUGGCGAAAAACAACCUGGAUCCUCGGCGAACAUUACAAUCAACCACUGUUUUCUAUUGUUUUAGUUUCUGGUUGGAAAGGCACGAAAUUCAUUCUUCAUCGAGGGGAUAUUACCUCCUCCUCUUUGAAAGACCCCUCUUCUUCGUCGGAUGGAGAGAAUACGGUCUUGGCAGAGAUUGGGAGUAAAAGAUACAUGUCGAUUCAUAACAUGAUUUCUUUACCGAAACAUAAUGUUUUGGAAGAAUUACAUACGAAGUUCUCGUUUCAGAGUCCGAGUUAUAGUUUUUCGGCGCCGGUGAAGAAGGCGGGAGGGGAGAAGGUGGUGCAGGAGAGGUUUGUGUGGAGGCAGAGUCAUGGGCAGGAGGUGAAGCAUGUUUCGAAGAAUAAAUAUGUGUGGGGGUGGAAACUUGUGAGGUUGGAUUCGGAGACGGGUGGGGGUUCUGUUGGUGAUGCUGGGGAGGAAGCGGAUCCUACCAUCGUGCGUUCGCGUAACAGUGGAGAAGGCUCGAGUAAAGGUGGAGGUAAGAGAUAUGAGAGAGAUCUGGGAGAGAGUUCGGAUGGGAAGGAGGUUGUGGCUGUGUGGGCUGAUAAUAUGAAGUGGAGUAAGAACAAGUUGGUCAAGUUUGAGUUCUUGGGCGCGGGGAGAACGGGAGAGUUGGGAGAGGUUGUUGAGAUUAUGGCUGUGUCGAGCGGGAUGAGGAUUUGGCAGAUCUUGAGGGCUGGGUCGAGUGGUGGCGCUGUGGAGGCUGCCGCGAGUGCUGCCAUUUCUGCGGGCACUGGAAGUUGAGCGCUGGGAAUUGAGAGGGAAAGCCUGGAUUUGUUUCGACUUGCGGGGUCUUCGGAGCUCCAAAUUUGCUCGAAGAUUGGGAGCAGAUGCCGCGAUCCAUGCUCGCGAGACGAAAAGGCCUCUGUCGCGUGCAGCUCAACUGCUGAAUCAGUUGACCGGCGGCCCUGAAAUAAGACCUGGUGCGAGAAGAGAAGUCCACCCGGUGUUGCGAAAUUGCGAAACCGGAUUAUACUGGUCAUGCAUUUGCCCGUCGAACGAACAGUGGCUGUCAUGAUCACGAUGAUCAGACGAUUGUGUAGCAAGUUCGAUUGAACAAUGAGAUAUGAGGAGGACAAGCCAUGACACAUCUCUGGACGAGACAAGCGCAUGGGAUUGCGACUCACAAGUGUUUCCAGGAACUCCACCCACCCAGUGUGAUCAGGUCCGCAAGCUGUAAUCUCCCGUGGCCAGAUGUAUUAACAAUCGAAGCAAGUACCCGGCCACGAGACACGCACUGAGAAGUGUGGGCAUGAGUGGAGCUCCAAUUCACGAGGAUAUCCGUCUGCUGUAUGCUGCCGACUCGCAUGCGGCCAUAUGGUCCGAGGCAGACUGGAACAGAACAGGUCAUCUUUCAGGCCUCGUCGAACAUGCGAAUGCAUCACUCCUGUCACUAUCCGCAUUGUGAUACUCGGAUGGUCUUCCUCAG